AUGCAACCGUUUCAGCCCUCUAUCCUGUUACUUACUCGUAUCUCCCCUUUAGGUGCACACUUGCGUCUAGUUACUGUCCCUGGGCUCUUUUGAUUUUAAUUCAACAACACUACCAAAAAUGUUAGCUCGGGUGCCGCUCGCAGCAUGGGGCCUCUUGGUGUUGGUGCUGACCCUCCAGGGCAUCCAGGGUCAGGACACCGAGGCGCAGGCCCCAGCAGAGCCCGGCCAGGCUCCGGGCGGCCCGCCGGGGGAGGAGGACGGCGACUGGGGAAUGGACAGUCUGAGGGGAGGCUUCGAGGCGGUUAAUACCUAUUUCGACUCCAUGCUUGAGUUGAUGGGCGGUCGUGAUGGAGUGUGUCAGUACCGUUGUCGAUAUGGUAAAGCCCCUCUGCCACGCCCGGAUUUCCAGAUGCCAGAACCAGACGGCUGCAGCUCCUACUUCCUGGGCAUUCCCGUUCCCGAAGGGAUGGACGGCAUCCCAGCCAUGACCAAGUGCUGCAACCAGCUGGACUUGUGCUACGAUACCUGCGGCUCCAACAAGUACCGCUGCGACUCCAAGUUCCGCUGGUGUCUGCACAGCAUCUGCUCCGACCUCAAGAAGAGCCUCGGCCUCAUGUCCAAGGUCGAAGCAUGCGAGGCAGUGGCGGACACCAUGUUCAACACUGUGUGGACCCUGGGCUGUAGGCCCUACAUGAACAGCCAGAGAGCCGCCUGCAUUUGCGAAGGAGAGGACAAGGACGAGCUGUGAAACCGACCGACAGCCCAACACCCAACCUUAGUUUACAGAAGAUAACUGGGCGAGCAUUUGAACCGAUGCCGCGAGGAACGGGGGCGUGAAGCGACCCUGAGAAGGCACUGUGUGUGUAAUUUAUUUAAGUUUUUUUUUUUAGAUGUUGGUUUUGUUUUAGAUGGUGCCGUUGCCCAAUUGCAUGCUGGGAUGUCUUGGCCAUCCAGCGCUAGUUUAGUUCAUUUUAUCAUGUGCUUUCCAGAACUUUUUCUUUAAACAUUAAAUAUUGCUUCAUUAUUCAUU